AUGGCGGAUCUAAGGGGAAUAAGGGGAACAAGGCGGGUCCUUGUCUCCAUGUCCUUCACUGAACCUGCCACGGUGAUAUUUUCUGUGAAAGUACUUGCUUUCGUCUACUUUGACAAUGAUGGAUUCACCGUUUUUAUUGAAGCCGCCAAGCACCACAGGAUGGACGGCUGGAUUACUUCGUUUGGCAGAACAAUAUACGCAUUUCCAGGCGGGAGUCCAGACAUUUUAAUGAUUUUUUUGAAAUUAUUAUACUUCUUAUUUAUAUUGCAGAGGACUUCCUGCGUUGUGAAUUUGUAUCAGGGUUGGCAUCCAACGUUGUCAAUUAACCAACGUAAAGUAAAGUUGAAUGUUGAAUUGUUAGAUUCUACUCUAACUAAUACUCUAAAGUCUAAAGUAAUUCAAUUCAACUUACUUAUAAAUUAUUAA